AUGUUCGGCAUCGUCUUCCCGGACCACACCUUCCCCCUCGAUGCCACCGCUUUCGCGCAGGUGGCGCCCAAUUCCUGGCUCCUCGAUCUCUCCAGUCUCGCGCUCGCCACCGCGCCGCGCUCCGCAGUCGUCCUCCUGCUCCCCGCCGCCGUGGCAGCGCUACCGCCCGGCAAGGCCGUCGCCGUCUACUUCCAGGCCGCCACCAACCGCCCCUUCGCAUUCUUAGGCGCGCUCGGGCCCACGCGCCCCUCGGCCAGCUUCCCGCUUCCGGAGGCCGGCGACGAGCCGGAGCCUGCUGUGGGCCCCGCUAAGCUGGGUGUCGCCGUGGAGGACGCGGCCGUGUUGCCGCCGCCCCCUGACGAGCAGCGCGCCGAGCGUGUCGCGCUCCGUGUCGGCGAGAACCUGUUCAACUUCAUGCAAUCGUUCUGCGGUGCCGACGGCGGCAAGCUGGUAGUGCCCACGGACAUCCUGGACCGGUGGUUCCGCAAGUUCCAGGAGCGAGCCAAGAAAGAUCCAGCAUACCUCAAGAGCUUCGACUUUUGA